AUGUCAGAGCCAGCAUCAGAGAGAAAUUACAGCAAGCCCCCAGGGAUUCGGUUAUUAGAGUACAUAAAGAAAUCCCCACUUUCCUACAAAACCCACCAAGCCAUUGUUCUGAUUGUUACUUUUUUAGCAUAUGCUAGUUACCAUGCCGCUCGAAAAACCACGAGCGUGGUCAAGAGUACCCUUGAUCCCGAAUCUUCAGAUGUGAGCUUGAAGUUUUUCCCAUGGAGGAUGACUUACUUAAGUGAACCAGCUGAAGGCAGAAGGUUGUCUCGGAUUCUUGGAGAUGGUUGGGCCCCGUUUAAUGGAUCAGAUGGCACAGCCUUGCUUGGUGAAGUUGACCUAGGUUUCUUGGCUGUAUAUGCUAUAGGAAUGUAUUUCUCUGGACAUUUGGGUGAUAGAACGAACUUAAGGAUCUUUCUAACCAUCGGAAUGGUGGGAGCCGGGGUCUUUACUUCAUUAUUUGGAAUUGGAUAUUGGGCAAAUAUUCACACUUUCUAUUACUUCCUUGGGGUUCAAAUGCUUGCUGGUUUGUUCCAAUCGACUGGAUGGCCUUCAGUAGUCGCAGUUGUUGGUAAUUGGUUUGGGAAGAAGAAAAGAGGGCUGAUUAUGGGUAUAUGGAAUGCUCAUACUUCUGUUGGGAACAUUACAGGGUCUUUGGUUGCUUCCGCUCUAUUGAAAUACGGGUGGGGUUGGUCCUUUGUAGUCCCUGGUCUCAUAAUUGCUACUGUUGGUGUGCUGGUUUUUCUAUUCUUGCCUGUUAGUCCUGACUCUGUUGGAGCCGAAGAAGAUGAAUUGGACUCUCCCAAGAAAUGUGGGCCAGCAGGAGUAACAGAACCAUUAUUGGAACCAGAGGUUAAGGUGAAGGAGAGUGCUGUGGGGUUCCUAGAAGCUUGGAAAAUUCCUGGAGUUGCUCCUUUUGCUCUAUGCCUUUUCUUUUCCAAGUUGGUGGCUUAUACAUUUCUCUAUUGGCUUCCUUUCUACAUUAGUCACACAGCUAUUGACGGAAAGUACUUAUCCAGUGAGGCAUCUGGUAACUUAUCCACAUUGUUCGAUGUUGGAGGAGUUCUUGGAGGAAUCCUUGCUGGCCAUAUUUCUGAUCGCUUAGAUGCCAGAGCCAUCACAGCUGCAAGUUUCAUGUACUGUGCUAUCCCUGCUCUCUUUUUCUACCGAAGCUAUGGCCAUGUAUCCAUGGCUGUGAACAUUGCACUUAUGUUCAUCACCGGCAUGUUUGUUAAUGGGCCAUAUGCUCUAAUAACAACAGCUGUGUCCGCGGACCUGGGAACACAUAGCUCAUUGCGCGGAAAUUCGAGGGCAUUGGCAACGGUAACAGCAAUUAUAGAUGGAACAGGCUCUGUUGGGGCUGCUAUUGGUCCAUUAUUAACUGGCUAUAUUUCAGCCAAAAGCUGGAGUGGAGUUUUCACAAUGUUAAUGGUAGCAGCUCUAAUUGCCGGGCUGCUUCUGACUAGGCUUGUUGUGGCCGAAGUGGGUGCAAAGAUUGAAGAGUCGAGAUCGCGGUCUGCAUUAAGGUCUCAACCCACAGUGAUUGAUGUGUGA